UAUCGAAGAGGGGAGCAGACACUUGUUUUUGCCUACUAAAGAAUUUAAAAAGGACAGACUUUUGCCCAAUUGACAAUCUCCCAGAGUGUGUGCACAGGUUGUGCAGUGUCGUUGCUGUCUAGCUUUAUUUCUAUGAGGAACCAUUUUGUGAACAUGCUCAUGCUGUCUGUGAAGAAAUGUUUGGGGUGUGGUCCAUUGUUCCGAAAAGUUGUUUCCAGUUGAUUUGUGUUGGGAGAGGCUUUGCUCGCUUCUGGGUCCAAGCACUGUUGCUAGCGCCCUCCCUUACGGCUAGCUGUUGGGAUAUGAAGCUGCAUCUGCCUGUACUCUUGCUGCUCUGCCUCUGUUGGCUGGGACUGACUGAUGAGACUGGUACGGUAGCUACUGAGUACCACUCUUGUGGGGAGCAGGUGCUCAGCCAGGAGGCCCGGUGGUCAGUAGGGGGUGCUGUAGAGAAACUGGGCAGGCAGCUACUGGACAGCCUGCAGACAGGGCCAGAGCAGCCCAACGUCAUCAUAUCACCCCUCAGCGUGGCCCUUGCACUAGCACAGCUCACACUAGGAGCUCGUAACGAGACACAGAAGUUGCUGCUAAGUUCUCUACACGCCCACACUGUGCCCUGCUACCAUGAAUCCCUGGGCAGCCUGCUCCAACACCUCACCAACACCUCCCUACAGGUGGCUACACGCAUGUACCUGCGCCCAGAGUUUGAGGUGUACCAGUCCUUUGUUGCAGAAUCCAUGCGUAGCUACAAAUCAGAGCCUGCCCCCUUGAUCUCAGUGGAAGAUGUCAACCAAUGGGUGGAAGACACCACCAAAGGUCACAUGACCAAUUUCCUGACCAGUAUUCCGCAUGAUGUGGUGCUCAUGCUGAUCAAUGCUGUGCAUUUCAAAGGUGAGUGGGAGGCUCGCUUCGACCCUCAGCUCACACAGAAGGAUGUCUUCUACCUGGACAAUAAGAACUUUGUCCAUGUAGACAUGAUGCGGUCAGCCAAGUAUCCACUGAGCCUGUUAGAAGAUGGGGAGCUUGGGGCUCAGGUUGCACGUUUUCCUUUUAAGGGAAACACCAGCUUUCUGGUAGUGAUGCCGUUGCCAGGAAGAGGAAACGUGUCAUCGCUGGUGGCCAAGCUGAAUAUCUCUGACCUGUACAGACGUCUACCUCAGGAGAGGACCAUGCAGGUCCAACUGCCCAAGUUCGCCCUGCAGUACCGCCAAGAGCUACAGGAGGCGCUGACCAGCAUGGGUCUGGGCUCUUUGUUCUCUAGUCCUAAUCUGUCCGGUGUGUCAGCGGUUCCUCUGCAGGUGUCCAGCAUGCGUCACGCCUGCGGGGUGGAGUUGAGUGAGGAGGGGGCCGAAGCAUCUGCAGCCACCUCCAUCACCAUCAUGCGCUCUGUUCCCAUAUUUUCUGUAAACUCCCCCUUCCUGUUCGCCCUGGUAGACCACGCCUCCCUCGCUCCAAUCUUCCUGGGCACCGUCACUAACCCAGCCCCUGACGCCAGCCCCAUUCAGAUCGACAGUCCCCUCGGCGAUGAUCCCAAUGGCAACAGGACCCAAAGUGACAGCUUUCAUAGCAACAGCAAUGUACAGAACGAUGGUCCCCAUAGUAACAACAACGUACAGAGCGACAGUCCCCAUAGCAGUAACAACGUACAGAGUGACCAGCCACAAAGUGAGAGAAUGCAGUGUGGCGUCCCUGUCGGGGGGGAGGAGCAACAACAGCCCCUGAAUGAAGUAGAGGGAAACCCCAACGCCCAAGUGGAGGGGCAAGGAUCCAGUUCCUGUGCCAAUCCCUCUCAUACAGUUCCUUCCUAAACCAACACUGAUGCCCAGCUUGCCCCAACCAAUCUCUCACUGUCCUGUCCUGAGCAACACUGAUGCCCAGCUUGCCCCAACCCAUCUCUCACUGUUCUGUCCUGAGCAACACUGAUGCCCAGCUUGCCCCAACCCAUCUCUCACUGUUCUGUCCUGAGCAACACUGAUGCCCAGCUUGCCCCAAACCAUCUCUCACUGUUCUGUCAUGAACAACACUGCCUGACCAGCUGGUCUCAUAUGGAGCCCAGCCCUCACAUAGCAAAACCCUAUCCCAAUCUAUUGGCACAGUUCCCAGUCCAGAAUCAACAACAGCCCCUACCCCUAGACACCUGACAACUUCUCACAGUCCCUCCCCUCCCCAGUGAAUACCCCUGAUUACAACCCAAUGAUUUAGGAGAGACCAUGGACCUGUCCCAUACUACACUGUGUGUGCAGAUUAACACUCAAAUGUGUUUUUUUACACUUGGCUGUGCACUGUCUGUCUUACAGUAUUUGUGUUUUGUUUUGAUGUCUUACUUUUUGAUGAUUCUCACCUCUGGUAUUGAUUAAAGAAAUGAAGUCUCAA